AUGCAGUUGGGAAGUACUGGGAGGUCCCAUGGAUGGGCAACUCUGCAUCGGGUGAAGGAGGAACCAGAAAACUGUUUGGUCCAGCCCUGGGAUGCCCAAAGGCAGGUGUACCUAAAGACAGUUACUUCCCCUCAUUUAGAGGUAGAAAUCUCACGGGUGCCUGAGGAACCUACACCAUGGAAUGACACUAAAGCCUUCCUGGCUUCCUUUGAGCAAGUGGCCGAAGCUUGCCACUGGCCCAAAGAAAAAUGGGUGGCCCAGCUUUUGCCGGCACUCAGUGGAGAAGCUGAGCAGGCUUUUAACAGGCUUGAGGCCAGAGACAGAGAGGAUUAUGGGAAAGUGAAGAUGGCCAUCUUGAGAAGGGUUUCCAUCACUGGGGAGAAGCGGCGACAACACUUCAGACGUUUCCGCUAUCAGGAGGCCGAGGGCCCAAGGGGGGCUUAUAGCCGGCUCCAGGAACUUUGCAGUCAGUGGCUGAGAGUUGAGAGAAACACGAAAGAGCAGAUCUUGGAGCUGCUGAUCUUGGAGCAGUUCCUGACCAUCCUGCCACCGGAGGUCCAGAGCUGGGUCAGGGAGCUUGGCCCAGAUACCUGCUCUCAGGCCGUGGCCCUGGCGGAGGCUUUCUUGCUGAGGCAACCAGACGCUGAGAGACGGGAAAAUGAGGUGAGCCUAUGCCAAGAAGGGAUGAGCAGAGAUGAGGGGAAGAAAUAUGCGUCAGAAGAUUUGGAAGGACCAAGCAGGAUGUUGAUGUGGAAAGCAGAAGAGACCCCAUCCUGGCAGUGUGAGCAGGAUAACGCCUCAGUGAGCUGGGAAGGACCAGAGUUCCACCAGGAAAUCCACCCAGUGGGAGAAGCGGAUGAAUCUACUCCACGUGGGAGGAGUUACAAGGCCUACACUGAGAACACAGUCCAAAUGGGAAGUAACUCAAGUACAAAACAAACCUCCAGCAGAACUUAUGGGAAAAGUUUGAGUCAGAACUCCAGUGUCUUGAAGAAGACUAGCACAGGAGGAAAAACACACAAAUGCUUGGUCUGUGGGAAAUACUUCCUCUCGAGCUCCAAACUCAUAAUUCAUCAGCGAACUCACACAGGGGAGAAGCCCUACGAGUGCCCAGACUGUGGGAAAACAUUCCAGUGCAGUUCAGUCCUUUACCGUCAUCAGAGAAUCCACACUGGAGAGAAGCCACACAAAUGCCCCAUCUGCGGGAGGCAAUUCAGCAGCAAUUCAAAUCUACAUCGACACCAGAGAAUCCACACAGGGGAGAAACCCUACGAGUGUUUCGAGUGCGGAAAGAGCUUCAUUCAGAGAAAUAGGAGGCACAUGGUACAUCAAAGAAUUCUCACAGGGGAGAGCCCAUAUAAAUGCUUGAAGUGUGGAAAGAGCUUCUCUAGUAAUCACUGCCUAACUGUACAUGACAGGAUUCACACAGGGGAGAAGCCAUAUAAAUGCAUGGAAUGUGGAAAGAGCUUCACUCAGUAUAGCUCCCUGAUUACACAUCGCAGGAUUCAUACGGGGGAGAAGCCAUAUAAAUGCUUGGAGUGUGAAAGGAGUUUCUCUCAGAAGGACUGUCUAAUUAAACAUCAAAUGAUUCACACAGGGGAGAAGCCAUAUAAAUGUUUGGAGUGUGGGAAGAAUUUCAGGCAGUCUGGCUCAUUAACAGUACAUCGAAGGAUUCACACAGGGGAGAAACCGUAUAAAUGUUUGGAAUGUGGAAAGAAGUUUGGUCAGAAGAGGAGCCUCAUGGUUCAUCAAAGAAUUCACACAGGGGAGAGCCCAUAUAGAUGCUUGAAGUGUGGAAAGAGCUUCUCUACUAAUCGCUACCUAGCUGUGCAUGACAGGAUUCACACGGGGGAGAAGCCAUAUAAAUGCGUGGAAUGUGGAAAGAGCUUCACUCAGAAUAGUGCCCUGACUAAACAUCGAAGGAUUCAUACGGGAGAGAAGCCAUAUAAAUGUUUGGAAUGUGGAAAUAGGUUUGGUCAGAAGAGGAGCCUCAUGGUUCAUCAAAGAAUUCACACAGGGGAGAGCCCAUAUAAAUGCUUGAAGUGUGGAAAGAGCUUCUCUACUGAUCGCUACCUAGCUGUGCAUGACAGGAUUCACACAGGGGAGAAGCCAUAUAAAUGCAUGGAAUGUGGAAAGAGCUUCACUCAGAAUAGCGCCCUGACUAAACAUCAAAGGAUUCAUACAGGGGAGAAGCCAUAUAAAUGCUUGGAGUGUGGAAAGAAUUUCAGGCAGAGCCAGAGCCUUACCUCACACCAGAAAGUUCACCCAGAGAAAGAGCUACACAGUCACAGUUAGCAUGCAGGAAACCAGUGAAGGCUGCCACCUUGUCUUGGUUGUGACCAUCACUUUUUUAAAAUAGCUGCCCAUGACAAGGCCCAUCUCAGUUUAUAGAACCUUCCAAAAAACUGCAAACAACCACAAAGAAAAAGCAGUCAAGCCUUUUACAUAUCAAAGUCUUGCCUUCCCCACCUUGCCUCAGUAUGCUUCUCAGUUUGGAGAACUGUACUUGCA